GUCACGGUCUUCUGAGUUAGGACGUUGGUUUCUAUAUAUUGAGCAUUGGCAUUUUGGUUUCAGACGCAUUCAUUCAACACCAUAGAAAAGAAGUUGGCCUCAAAAUGUCUGAAGAAAUAACAGUGGCCCCUUUGCACGCAGUGGUGGUGCCAUUUCCUGCACAGGGCCAUGUCAAUCCGCUCAACAACUUUGCAGAGCUGCUGGCCAUGCGUGGAGUCUUUAUAACCUUUGUUACCACUGAAUGGAUACACCAACGCCUUCUUCUAGCGGCUGGUGACCACAAGCCCAAAGACAGGGGCUCAAAUUUUCGCUUUCUCUCUAUUCCAGACGGCUUACCACCUGAACAUGGUCGAACUGCCCAGCUUGAUGAGUACCUUUUUGCAUUGCAAUCUUUGGGCCCUGCUUUGACAAGUCUGUUAACUGCAGCAGAUAAGUCUGUUCCGCCCAUCACCUGUAUUGUUGCUGAUAGUUUUUUGUCCUGCACGGCAGAGUUAGCUAAGAAUCUUGGGGUGCCCAGAGUUGUCUUCUGGACUUCUUGUACUACGCUAGCCAUUAUGCAGGCAAACACUGACUUACUUAUUUCUGAGGGUCAUAUUCCUGUCGAAGAGGAGGACCUGAAAUCUAAAGACAAACUCAUCACAUGUCUUCCGGGAAAAAUUCCACCUAUAAGGCCAACCGACAUUAUGUCCUUCUACCGAGAAAAACAUCUCUCUGAUAACCUUUACAACAUCUUUCUCCAUGAGUCUCGCAUCAACAAAAUGGCAGACUACGUGCUGGUUAACACUUUCGAGGAGUUGGAAGGAGGUAAAGAAGCACAAAUGGGUCUCAGCUUUAAUGGCUGCCCUGCUCUGGCAAUUGGCCCUGUGUCUCUUCCAAAUUUCUUGGAAGGUAGAAAUUCCAUGUACAGCAUGUGGGAAGCGGAUAAAACGUGCCUUCAAUGGCUAGACACUCAACCGCAGGCAUCUGUGUUAUAUGUUUCCUUCGGUAGCAUUGCUGUAAAAUCUGAAAAACAGUUGCAUGAACUGGCUCUUGGACUAGAGGCUUGUGGGUACCCGUUCCUGUGGGUACUCAGAUCAGAUAUAGCAGAAGGUAAGCCUAUGGAAUUACCAGAGGGCUUCAAGGAUCGAACCAAGGAUAGAGCCCUGAUUGUUAGUUGGACGGAGCAAUUGAAGGUGCUUUCUCAUCCUUCUCUUGGAGGAUUCCUUACACAUAAUGGGUGGAACUCCACUUUGGAGGCAAUUAGUAUGGGAGUUCUUAUGAUUGGAUGGCCUUAUUUUCAUGAUCAAUUUCUUGAUUGUCGACUUGCAAAAGACAUUUGGAAAAUUGGUUUGGACUUUGAAGGUGUUGAUGCAGAUGAAUUUAAAUUAGUGACAAAAGAAGUGGUAGAAAGUAAAAUUAUAAGUCUCAUGGGAAGUUCUAUAGGAAAGAAGUUACGAGAAAAUGCUAUGAGGCUAAAAGAAGCUGCCAAAAAGGCAGUGAUGGAAGGAGGGACUUCCUACACAAACUUGAACACAUUUGUGAAGGAUAUGAAAAAUAUGAACCUUUAUGAGGAUAAUUGAAAGGUGUGCUGACAUGGCGUGAAUCUUCACAUGUCUUCUUUGAAUUCUACAUAAAAUAUUUUGGGUCGAUAUUGUAUAUACACUUCACAUAUUUAAAAACAACCUAAUAGAGGUUAUUGAUGUUCUAGUUGGUAUAUAAAGGACAAAUCAAUUAUGUUAAGACAAGUGAAGGAAAUAGU